GGGCCAUGCGGGACCAGAGGCUGCCCCUUCGCGUAGCCACCCUGCUGACGGGGCUGCUGGAGUGCCUCAGCUUUGCAGGCGUCCUCUUCGGCUGGGCAUCCCUGGUGUUUGUCUUCAAAACAGAACAUUACUUUGAGGAGCUGUGUGAACCGAAUGCCAGGCUGAUGGGCAAUGCCACGGGGCUGGAGGACUGCCAAGCCCAGGACGAGCGCUUCUCACUCAUCUUCACCCUGGCAUCCUUCAUGAACAACUUCAUGACGUUCCCCACUGGCUACAUCUUUGACCGUUUCAAGACCACCGUGGCUCGCCUCAUAGCCAUAUUUCUCUACACCAGCGCCACGCUUACGAUCGCCUUCAUCUCUGCAGACUCAGCUGUGCUGCUCUUCCUGGCCAUGCCCAUGCUCACCGUGGGAGGAAUCCUGUUUCUUAUCACCAACCUGCAGAUCGGGAACCUGUUUGGCAGACACCGCUCAACCAUCAUCACCAUGUACAACGGAGCAUUUGACUCUUCCUCGGCAGUCUUCCUUAUCAUUAUGCUCCUUUAUGAACAGGGCAUCAGUCUCAGGACCUCCUUCAUCUUCAUCUCUGUCUGCAGUGCCUGGCAUCUUGGGCGUACUUUCCUUCUGAUGCCCCGGGGGCACAUCCCCUACCCGCUGCCCCCCAACUACAGCUAUGGCCUGUGCUCUGCGGAUGGCCCCCGAGAGGAAGAGAAGAAAACGGUUGAGUCCCAAAAGCUGGAGCUUUCAGAGGAGUUCAUUUCACCAAAGGAAGAGAUCCCAAGACCAGGGCAGCAGCAGGAACCCCGCUCUUUCCGGAGCUACGCUUUCUCUCGGCGCUUUGCCUGGCACCUGGUGUGGCUGUCUGUGAUACAGUUGUGGCACUACCUCUUCAUCGGCACCCUCAACUCUAUGCUGAGCAACUUGGCCAGUGGGGACAGGGUGCUAGUCAGCACCUACACAAAUGCCUUUGCCAUCACUCAGUUCUUUGGAGUGCUGUGUGCCCCCUGGAAUGGCCUGCUCAUCGAUCGGCUUAAAUACAAGUACCAGGAGGAAGCAAGAAAGACGGGUUCCUCGGCCUCGGUGGCGGCCCUGUGCUCAACAGUGCCUUCGCUGGCCCUGACGUCUCUGCUGUGCCUGGCCUUCGCCCUCUGCGCCUCCAUCCCUGUCCUCCGCCUGCAGUACGCCACCUUCAUCCUGCAAGUGAUCAACCGCUCCUUCCUCUACGGGGGCAACGCUGCCUUCCUCACCCUCGCGUUCCCUUCAGAGCACUUUGGGAAGCUUUUUGGGCUGGUGAUGGCCUUGUCAGCUGUCGUGUCUCUGCUCCAGUUCCCCGUCUUCACCCUCAUCAAAGGCCCCCUCCAGAAUGACCCGUUCUACGUGAAUGUGACGCUCGUGCUGGUAACUCUUCUGACGUUUGUCCACCCCUUCCUGGUGUACCGGGAGUGCCGGCAGAAAGAAAGCCCCCCUGGGGUCGCCUAGUUCAGAAGCCCUCCCUUUUCAGCCCCGAGGAUGUGUCAUCUUCCUUCACCUCCGAGCACCCUGUGUCCAGAAAGACUUUGCCCACCCAGGCUACUUGUAUUAAGUAGCCACUCUUUUUUCUUAAGACAAAAA